UCACUUUGACAUGAACCAAAACUGAGAUGAUGCAAGUCAGGCAUAAUACUGAGAAGAAAAAAGCCAAGCAAAGGAAGGAAAAGAGUUCAAGGUAUUGUGCUACUCAGGAACAGCUGAUCAUGAUGGUGGUGGUGGUGGUGAAGGAAAGUAAUAAAGAAAAACGUGCCAAAGUCCAGUCUGAACUGUAGAGGCAACAGCCAACACUUUUCGACAAUCAUGAGCCAGACAUCAGCCCCAGAUGAGCCACUCGAUGACAAGCCUGAAGAAAAAAGUUUUGCCUUUGGAGUUCCUGACAUCGUUGUCGUUGUCAUUUAUUUCAUCUUUGUCCUAGCUGUAGGAAUAUGGUCUUCUCUUCGGGCCAGUCGAGGAACAGUUGGAGGCUAUUUUUUGGCUGGAAGAUCCAUGACAUGGUGGCCUAUUGGCGCAUCAUUGAUGUCAAGCAAUGUGGGGAGUGGCCUAUUUAUUGGUCUAGCAGGCACUGGAGCUGCAGGAGGACUGGCAGUUGGGGGCUUUGAGUGGAAUGCCACCUGGGCACUGUUAGUCCUUGGUUGGAUCUUUGUACCAGUUUACAUCUCUUCUGGAGUCAUUACCAUGCCAGAAUAUAUGAAGAAAAGAUUUGGAGGACAAAGGAUUCAAAUCUACUUAUCUGUACUCUCCCUUAUUUUGUAUAUAUUCACCAAAAUAUCGACAGAUAUUUUUUCUGGUGCACUUUUUAUUCAAAUGUCCCUUGGUUGGAAUCUCUAUCUCUCUACGGUGAUCUUGCUAAUAGUGACAGCUAUCUACACCAUAGCAGGUGGUUUGACUGCAGUUAUAUACACAGAUGCUCUACAAACUGUAAUUAUGGUACUUGGUGCUUUGGUUCUUAUGUUCAUAAGUUUUGAAAAGGUUGGGUGGUAUGAAGGACUGCAAGAGAAGUACAGUCAGGCAAUACCUAACAUCACUGUCCCAAACACAACUUGCCAUCUGCCACGGCAAGACGCGUUCCAUAUGAUGAGAGACCCCAUCACUGGGGAUAUUCCAUGGCCUGGGCUUCUAUUUGGCCUCUCGGUUCUUGCUCUCUGGUGCUGGUGCACUGAUCAGGUCAUUGUGCAAAGGUCACUCUCAGCCAAGAACCUCUCUCAUGCCAAAGGUGGAUCAGUAUUGGGUGGAUAUUUGAAAAUCCUCCCUAUGUUUUUUAUUGUCAUGCCAGGAAUGAUUAGCAGAGCUCUUUUUCCAGAUGAAGUGGGCUGUGUAGAUCCAGUAAUCUGUGAAAAAGUAUGUGGCGCUAAAGUGGGAUGUUCCAACAUUGCCUACCCUAAGCUGGUAAUGGAACUCAUGCCUGUUGGACUCCGUGGUCUCAUGAUUGCUGUGAUCAUGGCUGCCUUGAUGAGCUCUCUUACCUCCAUUUUCAAUAGCAGCAGUACUCUCUUUGCCAUAGAUAUCUGGCAGCGUCUUCGUAAGAAAGCUACAGAGCAGGAACUUAUGAUUGUUGGAAGGGUGUUUGUUCUGAUUCUCGUUGCCAUUAGCAUCCUUUGGAUCCCCAUCAUCCAGACAGCCAAUAGCGGUCAGCUCUUCGACUAUAUUCAGUCAAUAACCAGUUACCUAGCGCCACCCAUCACUGCUCUGUUUAUCCUAGCAAUCUUCUGCAGGAGAAUCAAUGAGCCAGGAGCUUUCUGGGGCCUAAUGUUUGGACUAGUGGUGGGAUUUAUUCGGAUGGUUAUGGAAUUUAUCUACACAGCACCCUCAUGUGGUGAGGAGGAUCAAAGACCAUCUGUAUUGAAAGAUGUUCAUUAUUUGUACUUUGCUAUUAUUCUGUUUGGGCUCACAGUUGCUGUUAUAGUUUUUGUGAGCCUCUGCACACCACCAAUUCCAGAAGAAAAUUUUGCCAGAUUAACAUGGUGGACUAGAUACAGUGAAAUACCUGAAAAAGACAUGGAGAGUUGCACCCAUCAAAAUAUAGAACAUACUUCCCAAAAAGAGAAGGAUUCAGUGAUUUCGUCAUUGGAGAACAUAGAUUUAACAGACAAAGAACCUGACGAAGUGAAAUAUCCUGUCUGGAAAAAACUUUAUUUCUGGUUCUGUGGAAUUUCUGUCAAUCCCAAAUCCACUUUAACCAGAGAAGAGGAAGCAGCAGCUCAGAAGAAGCUCACCAACAUCAAGGAAGAGCCAGUGUGGAAAGCUGUUUGUAAUAGCAAUGCCAUUAUUCUUUUAGCUAUCAAUAUCUUUUUAUGGGGUUACUUUGGAUGAGCUGAGUAAGCUCCUAAAGAAACUCAAAAGAUUAGGUUUAGUUUAAAAGAACAACAGAAGCGGUAGAUGAUAAAAAUGGACAUUCCUUGAAGAAACGAGUUAUAAAUUGUUGUUUAGACCAGUAAAUGGACCAUGAGUACUGGUAAUGAUUUGCAACCCAAGGCCUAGCUUACUUUUAUUUGGUCUUUGGCCUAAUUUGAAAAGAUUGAAAACAAACUAUUCAGACUUGAAGAAAAAGCAAUCUCUCCUUUUCAUGUCAGCUUGUAGUUUUAGCUUUUAGUUUUCAAACUCCGUAUUUCUGUCGGUGAAGUAAGAAGCAGACUUGACGUACCUCAAAGGAUUUUUGUAAAACAAGAUAAACUUCAAAUAAAUACCAAAGGUUUUCUUAUAGA